AUGGCGCCGCAUGUCCUCGUCGUGCCCUUCCCCGGUCAGGGACACAUGAACCCCAUGGUACAGUUCGCCAAGAGGCUGGCAUCCAAGGGCGUGGCCACCACGCUCGUCACCACCCGCUUCAUCCAGAGGACUGCCGACGUGGACGCGCACCCAGCGAUGGUCGAGGCCAUCUCCGACGGGCACGACGAGGGAGGGUUCGCGUCGGCCGCGGGCGUUGCCGAGUACCUGGAGAAGCAGGCGGCCGCCGCGUCGGCGUCGCUGGCGUCGCUCGUCGAGGCACGCGCGUCGUCUGCGGACGCCUUCACGUGCGUCGUGUACGACUCGUACGAGGACUGGGUGCUGCCCGUGGCGCGGCGAAUGGGCCUGCCCGCCGUCCCCUUCUCCACGCAGUCGUGCGCCGUCAGCGCCGUGUACUACCACUUCAGCCAGGGGAGGCUUGCCGUGCCUCCGGGGGCGGCCGCGGACGGCAGCGACGGUGGUGCUGGUGCCGCCGCCCUGAGCGAGGCGUUCCUGGGGCUGCCGGAGAUGGAGAGGUCGGAGCUCCCGUCGUUCGUGUUCGACCAUGGUCCGUACCCGACCAUCGCCAUGCAAGCGAUUAAACAGUUCGCUCAUGCGGGAAAGGAUGACUGGGUGCUGUUCAACUCGUUCGAAGAACUGGAAACCGAGGUUUUGGCUGGCCUGACAAAGUACCUGAAGGCCCGAGCCAUCGGCCCAUGCGUGCCGCUGCCCACCGCUGGAAGGACCGCCGGCGCCAAUGGCCGGAUCACCUACGGGGCCAACCUGGUGAAGCCGGAGGAUGCGUGCACCAAGUGGCUAGACACCAAGCCCGACCGCUCCGUGGCCUACGUCUCCUUCGGCAGCCUCGCGUCCCUGGGCAACGCCCAGAAGGAGGAGCUCGCGCGCGGCCUCCUCGCCGCCGGCAAGCCGUUCCUGUGGGUGGUGAGGGCCAGCGACGAGCACCAGGUCCCGCGCUAUCUCCUGGCCGAGGCGACGGCGACGGGCGCCGCGAUGGUCGUGCCCUGGUGCCCGCAGCUGGACGUGCUGGCGCACCCGGCCGUGGGCUGCUUCGUCACCCACUGCGGUUGGAACUCCACGCUGGAGGCGCUCAGCUUCGGCGUGCCUAUGGUGGCGAUGGCGCUGUGGACGGACCAGCCGACCAACGCUCGGAACGUCGAGCUCGCCUGGGGCGCGGGCGUGCGCGCGCGCCGCGAUGCUGGCGCGGGCGUGUUCCUUCGCGGGGAAGUGGAGCGGUGCGUGCGCGCCGUCAUGGACGGGGGCGAGGCGGCGUCUGCUGCACGCAAGGCGGCGGGGGAAUGGAGGGACAGGGCUCGCGCGGCGGUGGCACCCGGUGGCAGCUCUGACCGCAACCUGGACGAGUUCGUGCAGUUUGUGCGCGCCGGCGCCACGGAGAAGUGA